AGACAAGUCACCGUGAGCUCCUAGUAUUUUCUCUUGCUUCACACUGACACAUUGCGCCUGUGCUAUAAAAUAUCUACAUCCUUCCAAAUUUACGCAUUUUAACUUUGAACUUUCGUGUAAAUCUUGUGGGACGACUGCAGACGAGUGGCCAACACACACCAUGGACCGCUCUCCAAGCGAUAUGGCCAGCAACGUCACCAAUAAGACGGACCCUCGUUCUCUGAACUCGCGCGUCUUCAUUGGGAACCUGAACACCAUGCUGGUGACCAAAGCCGACGUGGAGGCCAUCUUCAGCAAGUACGGCAUGAUCGUGGGCUGCUCCGUCCACAAAGGUUACGCUUUCGUCCAGUACUCGAACGAGAGGAACGCUCGAGCCGCCGUGGCCGGAGAGGACGGACGCAUGAUCGUCGGACAAGUCCUGGACAUCAACCUGGCAGGCGAGCCCAAACCUCACCGAUCGAAAACCACCAAACGUCCAGCAGGAGAUAUGUACAGCAGCUCCACGUUUGAGCUCGACUACGAUUUCCAGAGAGAUUACUACGACAGGAUGUACGCGUACCCGUCCCGCGUGCCACCUCCUCCUCCACCCCUCUCUCGGGCCGUCAUUCCCUCCAAGCGAGCGCGGGUCAGUCUGAGCGGAGGAGGAAGCCGACGCACCAAAUCCAGCUUCUCCUCUUCCUCCAAAAGCAGCCAGCGCUCUUCAUCACGGGCCAUUAAAGCAGACGAUCUUCAGACCAUAAAGAGGGAACUGGCUCAGAUCAAACACAAAGUGGAUUAUCUUCUGGAAAGUUUAGAGCGCAUGGAGAAAGAUCACAGCAAGAAAUCAGAAGGGAAGGUGGUGAAGGCGGAGGUGGGUGAAGUCUCUCAGCAGCACUCGAGCAGUAAGAAGGAGCGAGAGAGAGAGGAGCAGGAGAUCAACGACUCUGAAGAAGAAGGAGAUCUGCUGGAGGAAGAGGAGGAGGCGAAGAGCAUCGGCGGAGAGAACGAGGAAGAGGACGGAGAGGAGGAGGAAGAGGGAGAGCACGAGGAAGGCGAGGACGACGGCGACAGCGUAAACGGCGACGACCCAUAGACUGUGUUUAUCUUAUUUUUCUCUCUCACACACACAAACACCUCAGCAUCCAGAGUGAAGAAACGUCAAAGUCUGGACUUCUUCUUACAUUAAAAAAAAAAAAAGAUAAGGAACACAAAGAAUGUAGAUGAAAACACACACACACACACACACACACACUUUUCUUGUGAAGCAAUUUUUAAAGUCUGUCCGAAUAAACAAUCAGUGCUGUGUUACUAUUACACUUUUAAACCCAUUUUAAAUGUUUCAUUUUUUCCCCAAUGUGCCAUUUUUCUCUUUUUGUUUGUUCCCCCAAUCAGCAGGUGUGUGUGCGCGCGUGUGUGUGUGUGUAACAGUUCUUUUUUUCCUCAAACAGCUCCCGAGUGUAACCGUUCUCUCUUAAAAAAAUAAGAUAAUCAACUCCAUUAGAGGUUUUUUUUUGUUUGGUUGGUUUCCCCUCAUGUACGUUCAUCUCUACAUGUCCUUUUUUUAUAUCAGUCUUGUUCAAGAUAAAAAUCACUGUAUGAAUUUCAAUAAAAUGGUCAAAAUAU